CUGGCCCCGUACGGGAGACACAGCGAGCAAUAUGACUAAAAAGAAGCGGGAGAAUCUUGGUGUCGCUCAGGAGAUUGAUGGGCUAGAGGAGAAGCUAUCUCAGUGUCGGAAAGACCUGGAGGCUGUGACCUCCCAGCUCUACAGGGUGGAGCUGAGUCCUGAGGACAGGAGGUCUCUGGAGAAGGAGAAAACCACCCUCAUGAGCAAGGCCUCCAAGUAUGAGAAGGAGCUAAAGCUGCUUCGGCAAGAGAAUCGGAAAAACAUGCUUCUCUCGGUGGCCAUCUUCAUACUCCUGGCCCUGCUCUAUGCCCACUGGACUAUAGACAAGAAGGGCUCAGGAGGCCUCCGUGAGCUGGUGGGCAGCAGGAGCUAAGGUAAUGAUCAGACUGACUUAUGGUGGCAGCGGCCAGUGAACAAGUAGGGCUGAUCAGAAGGAGACCAAGCAAGAGCAGCUAACAGAUACCACUGCGACUCCACUCACGGCAGAGGGUCACGAUGGAGGAAAGAUGAUUGCUGCACGUGCAGCAGGAAGCACGGGGUGCUGAGGCCCUGGACAUUGAGAGGCUGUGAAACACGAGGGUGGAUCAGCUGGAGGCAGCCCUCCAAAGUAUGACAGUCAGGUGAAGGAAUUCUCACCUGGACCUUACGGAGACUCGGUGAGCAAUCUCAGCACACAACACUGGCCUCUGGUGGAAGGAGGCUAGCCAGGGUCAGCAAAACAUUGUUUUUCUUGUCCCUUGUCUAGUGACACUAAUUAGUCUGAUACCUCUGUUAUUUUAGUCACAGACUGAUCCUGAAUUGUCACAGUGCCACCCUGGAGUGAGCUGUAUGGUUUAUGCAAUAGAGUGAAGGUGCUUCCCCACUCUCCUAGGGUUGUGGGCUCAUUCAUUCUCCAAUCCCUUGGUGCCUUUGGGCCCCCAGUCUGUCAUGCAGCAGCCUCGGGAUUUGGAGGCUUGGGUUUCACAAACCCUCCCUUUCCUCUUACAGUCACAUCCAACUGUGGACAACAGCCGUCAGCACAGAGCCACAUGAGCAG